GGGGAGCGAGAGCUCCGACCCGCCCAGACGGCCCUUGACAAUAACUCGUCGGAACGGAACUAAUGGGUUCAAUGGAUGCCACGGCGAUUCGGAGGGCCUACGAAAGCUCGGCUGGCGCGGCCAAGGUUACGGGGGGCGGCAUGCCGCCGCCCCCAACGCCUCCCAGGUCGAGACCGGCUCCGCUCCGUAGGGUCGGUCCGGUCGCAGGCAGAUGAGGCUCGCCGCCAUGCCGGCGGCAGAACUUCAGGAAACGGGCCGGAUACCUCCGAACGCGCACCACUCGAUGCCCGAGGAUGGGUGCCGUCCGUGUUCCGGGCUCGACCCGCCAAUGAUAAAGAAAGUAGGCGCGCCAUGCCGGCGACGCCCGGAAAGAAAGAUCGGCUGACCCGGCCGUGCGCGUUCACGAUGGAGCCCCCCGGCUGUGCGCGUUCACGAUGGAGCCCCCGCCGAAACGCCGCGCCGUCACCACGGGGUAGAGGGGCGAAAGGUAAAAGUCGGGCGAAGGCCAGGCGGCGGCGCGACGCGGCA